GUGGUGCUGAGCGAAAUGGAGAUCCAAAGCCGUACCUGUUGGCAGAGUCCCACCGCCCCGAGCGAAGCGUGGUCGGUCGCUGGCCUGACCCGAGCACGGAGCAGCCCCGGGAGGAGCCCGCAGCCAGCUCUCUAAGACAAAUUAAGUUUAACCCCACGGUGCGACACAUUGUGAUUAACGAGCACAAGGACAUCAUGUUUAAUUGCUCCAUCAAAGUACCUCAGCUGCUGGUCAGGCUGGAGACCCCGAGCAUUUCCUUGUGGAAGGACGGGAAGGAGCUGCACAUGCUGGACCGCAUCACCCCCAGCCAGUUCGAGGUCUCCGACGAGGAGGAGGUGGCAAUCACCUCCACCUUCAGCAUCCAUGCCGCCCAGCGCUCGGAUAACGGCUCCUACGUCUGCAAACUCAACGUCUCUGGCACGGAAGUGGUGUCGGAUCCCAUCUUGGUGCAGCUGGAAGGACUCCCGCACUUCAUCCGUCAGCCCGAGAAGCUGAAUGUCACCAAGAACAGUCCCUUCAACCUCACGUGCCAAGCCGUGGGCCCGCCGGAGCCUGUGGAGAUCUACUGGUUUCGCAACAACGUCCGAGUCAACGAGAAGCCCCACAUCUCCCCGUCGGUCCUGACCGUGCCAG